ACCAGCCUGGCUGGGACCUGGGUGGAGGGGCAGUGCCAGCCCCCAUGACCCCCGUCUGUCUCUCCCGCCUGCUCCAUCCCGUCCUCAUCCGUCUGUCUGUCUGGCCUCUCUGCAGGGCCAGCUCCACCAUGGACUGUAGCUGCGUCUCCGACCUUCUCUUCGCCCCGCCUGCCCUGCCGGCUCUCUGGACCCCUGGGUUUGCCUUCCCGGAUUGGGCCUACAAGCCGGAGUCGUCCCCCGGCUCGAGGCAGAUCCAGCUGUGGCACUUUAUCCUGGAGCUGCUGCAGAAGGAGGAGUACCAGGGUGUCAUCGCCUGGCAGGGGGACUACGGGGAAUUCGUCAUCAAGGACCCCGACGAGGUGGCUCGGCUCUGGGGCAUCCGAAAGUGCAAGCCCCACAUGAAUUAUGACAAGCUGAGCCGGGCCCUGCGCUACUACUACAACAAGCGGAUUCUUCACAAGACCAAAGGGAAGAGGUUCACCUACAAGUUCAACUUCAGCAAAGUCGUGCUUGUCAAUUACCCACUGUUGGACGUGGCAGCAGCCAGCACGGGCUCUCCACUCUUGCUGAGCCCUGGUCCCUUUGGGGGAGCCCCUGGGCCAGAUGCUCCUCCCCUCACCCCCGAGACCCUGCAGACCCUGUUCUCUGCCCCACGCCUGGGAGAGCCGGCGGCCCGGGUACCCCUGUUCACCCCCGAGACAGACAAACUGCGUCUGGACAGCCCUUUCCCAUUCCUGGGCUCUGGUGCCACCGGCUAUUCCAAGCCCCCCGGCCUGCUGGGUCCCUUCGGCCGCGCCUUCCCAGAGCACCCCUGGAACUUUAGCCCUUACCUCACCGGCCCCUUCCCCAAGCUGCCCCCGCCUCUCUACCCCCCCCACUUCUACCCCAACCCUCUGGCCAGUUCCCUGGGCCACCUGCCCUCAGCAGGGGCAGGGGGAAGCCCCACCGCUGCGCCCCUGCUGGCUGCCGCCGCGGAGGGCCUGGGCCCCGAGCACCCCUCGGGCCUGGCAGCAGCCCCUCGUCUGGCACUGCCGAGGGCUGGGGGCCCAGAGGCCGCGCUGGGGGGGAAGGACAGCGACUCGGAGCUGGAGAUUACCGAUGUCAGCGGCUGCAGCUCUGACAGCGAGGGAGAUGAGGGCCUCCCCGUGCCCUCCAAGGCCAAGGCGGGCAAAGGGGGUGUCGGCAGCUGAGCCCGGGUGAUGGAUUCUGCCAGGGCGGGGACCAGGGUGGCCGCUCGCACAGCCUCUUCUGUUGUCUGGUCUGCUCUCGAUGUCCUGCCUGAGGCCGGGGAACAGCCUUCGGCCCCUCCCAGGCCCAGGCCCACGGCGGCCCCAGUCUUCUUCCCCAGCCCCAGACUGGGGGGUCUCACCUCCCCCUCCAGAGAGGGGAGGGGACACGAUGGCCUCCAGCUUCCUCCCCAGGCUCCAGUUUGAGGGGGGUCCCCGCCUGGCCCACUCCCAAAGUGCAAUACGGCGCCCAGCCUUCCCUGCCCACCUGCCCCUGUGCUGUGACCUAAGUGUUUGUGCGGCC